CAACUAUUUACAAAUGAACCUUGACCCGAUUUCAGAUGUUGUUAAUCAACAAGACUUAAUUGAAAAAUUACGCAUUAAAAAUCGUUUCCUUGAGAAAAGAUCUAAUUUCUAUAAAAGAAGAAGAGAAUUAUUGAUAGUCUAAUUACAAUAAGCUGAGAGUACAAACAAAUUAUCGGAAUCUAAAGUCUCAGUAUCUUCUGUUAAUUGCAAUCUUCCUACUAUGCCUGACGAAACUGAUUUAAUCUAAAAAUAUUAAGAAGAAUUGUAAAUGAAAGAAGCCUUAAUUACAGAGCUGAAAGAAACUAUGGCAAUACUUGAAAAUAAAGCUAAUAAUUUAUAAGCAUGUAAUGAUGAGAUGUAGUAUUAAUUGUCAAAGAAGUAGCAAGAAUUUUAAAGAAGUGAAAAAGUGAGUCAAUCUGGUAUUAUAUCAAUAUAAUAAAAAUAGUUAUUAUACCAAAAUCUACUAGCCACACAGAAAAAGCAAUGGCAGCUAUUGACAAAUUUGUUUAACCUCUUACUACAAAUUCUUUUAAGUCUACUGAUGGACAACCUAAAACAGCUGAAGAAAAAAGGAAAUUGAUAAAGAAAAUGUCUAUGCAUGCAGGAGCUUCUGCUUAUAUGAUGGCAUUGAAAGGAGAUUUUACUACUUUGUAAAAUGCUUCAGAGGAGAUUUAAAGUAACAAGAGCCUUGAACAAUCAUGA